AGUGCUUUCAGAAUCCUGAGUGCUGGUGUUGACUAGACACGUCAUGUUUUUCACUUUGAUUCAAUUUUUCAAUCCUCAGAUCACAUCUUUUUUGGGAGGCGCUUUCAGAGCAGUGUGUAUGAGCGCUAUAGCUAGCUGAAACAGACAGGCAGGAGCAAAGAAAGGAGAUCUGCUGUGAAUCGGUACUUGGAGACCACUGCUGGCAUUAAAAUGUCUUAAAUCAAUCUUUCAAAAGUCUUGAAUAUAUGAAGACAUAAGUAGGAUUUUAGGAUUGCAACUCAUAUUGAAUCACUAAAAUAAUUAAUUAUUUUCCAAAUAAGAAUUCAUCUGAUGACUCUCGUGGUAACGUCAUGUGCUUUUAGUUUGGGCUCUUACACUCACAUGCCCGUCAUUUACGUAUCAAAACAACUUGGACAACAUGGGACAUUGGGAAUCUUAGGAAGUAGAUCUUAAAUUUAAUUUCAAAUGGAAUUAAAAAGUCCAGAUUUUAAAUUGUUUUAGGAUGAAGGAAGUCUGUAUUAAGUUUUAAAAUCAAAACAAUGAAUAAUCUGUUGGAAGUAUUUCCCCGUAUCUCUCAACACGAGCUUGACAUCACCUGGAUCUGACUCCACCUUCAAGCUGUAUAAAGGAGGUUGAAUCAAUUUCUCCCUCAAGAGGGACUCGGCACCUACAGCUGAAGGGAUCUCAUAUCACCUGCGAGGCGGCGCACAAUCCGACACACAGAGGGCCUUCUCUCCCCAAACGAUGGCCUCUUCCGGCGUGGAGAUCCUGGGCCUGACGCUCGCCGUGGCGGGCUGGCUGGGUGCAAUGGUGACAUGCGGUCUUCCCAUGUGGCGCGUGGCCGCCUACGUGGGCCAGAACGUGGUGCUGUCCCAGGUGAUCUGGGAGGGCCUUUGGAUGAAUUGCUCGGUACAGAGCACGGGUCAGAUGCACUGCAAAGUCCACGACUCCAUGCUGGGGCUGCCCCGGGACCUCCAGGCAGCCCGAGCCCUGGUGGUGGUCUCACUGGCGCUGGGUGGAGUUGGCGUGGCCCUGGCCACAGCAGGGGCUCAGUGCACCGACUGCAGCGAUGACGUGAGGGGAAAAUGGCGUCUGGCGGCGGCCGGGGGGCUCUCUUUGACACUGGCUGGGGUGCUGACGCUGGCGGCCGUGUCCUGGACGGCUCACGCCAUCGUGUUGGACUUCCACGAUCCGCUUAUGGAGCAGACGGGGAAGCGAGACUUCGGCAAUGCGCUCUAUUUUGGCUGGGCUGCCUCAUGCCUGCUCAUCCUGGGGGGGGCGCUGCUGUGGUGCCCCUGUAGCCAUCGGACUGACAAGGGGCCCAUCCAGUUGAACUACUCGGCUGUUUCUCGGCGCGGAUAUGACAGACGAGACUACGUGUGAUGAACGUGGGGCCAAUGUGACCAGCAAAAGGGGAGGUGGGGGGGGGGGGGGGCGAACAACGGGCAGUGGGUGAACAUUUGAAGUAAAUUGGACAUAUUUUUUUGGGGGGGGGGGGGCUAGGUGUCUGUGGUGGUGGGUGUCAUUGUUUCCUUUUAUAUUCUGUCAGUGGGGUAUGAGUGCCUUUUCAAGAGGUGUACCAAAUUUCAAGUGUAAUAGUGGUCUGGGUAAAUAAUAAACAGUGAU